CGCUCCCUGACAGGGGCCCUAUGAUUUAUGCAGGAGCAGAGGCAGCAAACGCAAUCGAGCUGUCAGGAGAGCGUCAGCUUAUUAAGCAAAUGCUGCUGCGUGGUUUCUUAAGAGGGUCGACGCUAUAAAAUCCCACUCCAGGCUCUGGGGUGGAGAAAUUCAGAACCCACGUCCGUUGAGAGACUGAACAGAGAGAGAGAAAGAAAAAAAAGCAAGAGAGAGAGAAAAGAGAGUAGCCCACAGAAAGAAGAGAGAAACACCCUUGGAAGAAAAAAAAAAUCCCAGCUGAUAUUACUCUACAGAAAGAAGGCAAUUACCUGCAAGCGCGCCCGGGGAAGCCAACGCCCCGAAGAUGCGCCUGCCUCUGCUCCUGUCCGCGGGCAUCCUGCUGGCAGCUCUGCUGUCCUGCCCACCAUGCAGGGCCAACCUCAGCCCCCGGGGACCGGUCCCGGGAGCCCGGCAGGCUCCGGAGCAGCAACCCCAACCUCUGGAUCUCCUCCAGGCGCCCCAACAACCCCAGCAGCCGCAGGCUCCACCGCUCCUGUUCCGCAUGGGCGAGGAAUACUUCCUCCGCCUGGGCCACCUCCCCAAGAGCCCGGGGGCUCCCCUGGCACCAGCCGGGUCGCCUCUGGCCGGCGGCGGCAGCAGCAGCAGCAGCGCCAAGGAAGCCGCUGCCAACUUUUUCCGCAUGCUGCUGCUGCAGCUACAGCCGCCCCGGCGCACGCUCGACAUCCCCGCUCGUCUGGUCCAGCACGGAUCCGGGGCGGCCCCGCGCGGCCGCCAGGAGGCACCGGAGAGGGAGAGGCGGUCGGAGGAGGCGCCCAUCUCCCUGGAUCUCACCUUCCAUCUCCUGCGGGAGGUCCUGGAGAUGGCCCGGGCUGAGCAGCUGGCCCAGCAAGCGCACAGCAAUAGGAAACUGAUGGAGAUUAUUGGGAAAUGAAAUGCGCGUCUGCAUUUAGCCAACACACACACACGAUUACAAAAAAAAAAAAGAUUGCAUUAUCUCUGUACCAUAGCGUGGUUCUGAUAUCAUGUGUUUAUUUUUCUAGAGCUUGAAAACGUAGAGAAUGUACAGCAAAAAAUAAAGAA